AAUGUCAGAAUAAUUUCGUUUAGAAGAAGAAAAAUGUGGAAAUCGCACGCCGCUCCUCAUUGAUUGAAGUUCUACUCGAUUUCGGGCUCUCAGACAUUCGAUCGGCCAUGUCCUCGGAUCACCUGAUCCUGCUGCAGUUCAGCAUGCACUGCUUCAAGAUCAUUUUCAUCUACUGCAUCUGUGUAAAUGUCCUGGAGCAUCUCGUCCAAAGGAUCCAGGAGCACUGAGCGUGAAAAUGUUGGGGGCCAGAAAACGGGCUCAAUAAAAAAGCGGCACCUAUUUCCAAAUUGCAUUUGUUUCUUUCACUUCUCGCUGGCAAAAUGUAUUGUGUUUAUUGCCGCAAAAAUGCCUUCUUUUUUCGUGGCCAGUCGAGUUGAAAAUCGAUGCGAUUUACGUAAAUUACAUAUAAUUUUUAAUAGGUUUUUCAUCGGGCAUAAAUUAUUGCCAGGCGGGCAAAAGCAGCCGCGGAGAAAACACGAAACGGAAAUUUAAAUUACCUGCAACGUAAUUACACAAAAGAAUAUGCCAAUAAAAAUGACUUAUGUAUCAAUUUCCUUAACGACACAAUCCCA